AUGACGUCACAAAAGCUGCCCCCAAAUCACGACUUUUGGCGACAGCGCAUCGAAAGAGGGAGGGAGAUGGGCCUCGAAUCUGAGCUUGGGAAGAAGGCACUGGAAGCGGGUCGAAACCUAGACCUCGAUGGCGUGCGAGCUCAUGUGGAAAGCUUGGUCUCUUGUGUCUUCGGGCCAUCUGAGAUAUACGAAGAGCUGCUGCGCGAGAUUGGGGAUGCGCAUAUUGUGCUGAUUGGGGAGGCCACGCACGGGUCGCGCGAGUUCUACGAAGAGCGCGCAAACAUCACCAAGAUUCUCAUCGAGGAGAAGGGCUUCUCGCUGGUGGUGUGCGAGGCGGACCUGGUCAACAUGGCCCGCGUGGACCGCUACAUCCGCGGCGACUCGCUCGACGGCAGCGCGGCCGCGGCGCUCUCAGGGUUUAGCCAUUACCCCCUCUGGAUCUGGCGGAACAAAGAGGUGGAAAGCUUCGUGGAGUGGGCCAGACGAUACAACGAAAAGGUGUUCCUGAAGGAUAGUCUGAACGGCUGUGCUGUUUCAAUCCACGGGUUCGACCUGCACGGACUGUACAAGUCACUGGAGGUCGUCAUCGAGUAUCUAGAGAAGCGAGACCCGGAAGCCGCCGAACGGGCCAAGAAGCGCUACUCCGGCUUCGCUCCGUUCGCCCCCGACGCGCACCAGUACGGCUUCGCCACGUCAGGCGGCCGCGGCCAAGCCUGCGAGGAUGACGUCACCCUUGUGUUAGCCGAGCUGCAGGACAUGGGGCGGCCCGCGGCCGCGGCUGCGGCCGCUGGCGGCGGCCACCGCUGCCAGGACGACGAGUACUUCUUUGCCAUGCAGAACGCGAUCGUGGUGAAGGAGGCGGAAGAGUACUACCGGACUAUCUACGAGUCAUACGAAUCUGCCUGGAUCAUACGCGAUCGGCAUAUGUUCAACGCGCUAGUGGCUCUGAAGGAGCACUGCGAGGCGAUGUGCGGGCGGUCCUGCAAAGUGGUCGUGUGGGCGCACAACUGCCACGUCAGCGACGCGCGCGCGACGGAGAUCGCGUGGGACUGGAACCAGAUCAAUACGGGCCAGCUGUGCAAGGAGAAGUUCGGAGACGAGGCGUUCAGCAUCGGAUUCAGCACCUUUGGAGGCACUGUCACGGCGGCCCCCGCGUGGGGAGAGCCCGGAAGGUGUGUAAGGCUGAGCUCUCCGGCACCAGGCACCUUCGAGUGCAUUCUAGAGCAGGUGUCGCCAGCCCGCUUCCUACUGGACUCCCGGAGAGCCGAACCCAACGAUAUUGUGCUUAUGAAGCGAUCCAUCGGUCUCGUCUACCGAGAAGACGCCGAGGCGGACAACUACUACAGGGCCAGAGUGUUCCAGCAGUAUGACAGAAUGAUACACAUCGGCCGAACGACUGCGGUGGAACCGCUGGACAAGGAGUCGGCGUCGGAGGAGAUCGAGGAGGCUGACGAGAUGCCUCACACCUACCCAUUCGGAAUAUAG